AUGUUCUCCUCCAGCCUGAGGCAGUUCGCUGGCCGCAACCUCUCCCAUCGAGCAGCUGCUCGCAACUUCUCCUGCACCGCGCGCGCCAACAAGAUCAUCACCGGCAGCCAGCCCCUGCGAGCGAAGGAGGCUUCUGGAGCGAUCGGACACAAGUACCCUGUCAUCGACCACGAGUACGAUGCCCUCGUCGUCGGUGCUGGAGGAUCUGGCUUGCGAGCCGCGUUUGGUCUGGCAGAGGCCGGUUUCAACACAGCAUGUAUAUCGAAGCUGUUCCCCACAAGAUCACACACUGUCGCCGCUCAGGGUGGUAUCAAUGCGGCGUUGGGAAACAUGCACACCGAUGACUGGAGAUGGCAUAUGUACGACACCGUCAAGGGCUCAGACUGGCUGGGCGACCAAGAUGCGAUCCAUUACAUGACAAGAGAGGCACCCGCGUCUGUGUACGAGCUUGAGAACUACGGCUGUCCAUUCUCGCGAACAGACGAUGGCAAGAUCUAUCAGCGAGCCUUCGGCGGCCAGUCGAGAGAGUUCGGAAAGGGUGGACAGGCGUACAGAUGCUGUGCUGCUGCAGACAGAACUGGACACGCACUUCUGCACACUCUGUACGGUCAGUCGCUCCGACACAACACCAACUACUUCAUCGAGUUCUUCGCCAUUGACUUGAUCAUGGAGGAUGGCGAGUGUAAGGGUGUGAUCGCUUACAACCAGGAGGAUGGUACCCUGCACCGUUUCCGCGCCCACAACACCGUCCUGGCCACUGGUGGUUACGGUCGUGCUUACUUCUCCUGCACGUCUGCCCACACUUGCACUGGUGAUGGUAUGGCUAUGGUCGCCCGUGCCGGUCUGCCCAAUCAGGACCUGGAAUUUGUUCAAUUCCACCCAACUGGUAUCUACGGUGCUGGCUGCUUGAUCACUGAGGGCUCUCGUGGUGAGGGUGGCUACCUCCUCAACAGCGAGGGUGAGCGAUUCAUGGAGAGAUACGCGCCUACUGCCAAGGAUCUGGCCUCUCGUGAUGUCGUCAGCCGAAGUAUGACACUGGAAAUCCGUGAGGGUCGUGGUGUUGGUCCAGACAAGGACCACAUUUACCUCCAACUUUCCCACUUGCCACCAGAGAUCCUGCACGAGCGUCUGCCGGGUAUCAGUGAGACUGCAUCCAUCUUCGCCGGUGUUGACGUUACCAAGCAGCCCAUUCCUGUCUUGCCUACUGUCCACUACAACAUGGGUGGUAUCCCCACUAAGUACACGGGAGAGGUGCUCACAGUCGAUGAGAACGGCAAGGAUCAAGUUGUGCCUGGUCUGUUCGCCUGUGGUGAGGCUGCUUGUGUCUCUGUUCACGGUGCAAACCGUCUCGGUGCCAACUCGCUCCUGGAUUUGGUUGUCUUCGGUCGUGCUGUCAGCCACACAAUCCGGGACAACUUCUCGCCCAACAAGCCUCAUACAGAGAUUUCUGCCGAUGCUGGUGCCGACGGAAUCUCCAUUGUUGACCAGAUGCGUACUGCUGAUGGACCUAUGAGCACAUCUGACAUCCGUGCCGAGAUGCAGAAGGUUAUGCAGUCUGAUGUGUCUGUGUUUAGAACUCAAGAAUCCCUUGACGAGGGUGUAAGAAGGUAAGCAAGAGAUCUCACACUACUGAUUCUGGUAUCCGCCCGACUAACGCUUCUUCUAGAAUCAAUGAGGUCGACAAGAAAUUCAACCAAGUCGGCACCAAGGACCGCAGCAUGAUUUGGAACAGCGAUCUCGUUGAGACACUGGAGCUCCGAAAUCUGCUGACUUGCGCUGUCCAGACCGCCGAGGCCGCUGCGAACCGUAAGGAGUCUCGUGGAGCACACGCUCGCGAAGAUUUCCCAGACCGUGACGACGAGAACUGGAUGAAGCACACUCUUACAUGGCAGAAGAAGCCACACGAGAAGGUUGAACUCGGCUACAGAGAGGUUGUGAUGAACACAUUGGAUGAGAACGAAUGCAAGGCCGUCCCACCAUUUGCGCGAAAGUACUAG